GCGUCGUGACAUCACAAACCCGGAAACCCAGUAGCAAAUUGAUCCUAAUCAUGGAUAUGUUGCCUUUAAUGCAUUUAUCUUACCAGUGUUUAUUUGUUUUUUACAACAAGUAAUAGUCAUGUGAGUGUUAAGAGAUUAUGAGGGCGUUGCAAACUUUCUUUCUGGCAGACGCGUCGGACCAGUUUAAGACGCUCUCACACCAGGGUGUUAAUGCAGGAUACUUUCUCUUGUGCCAAUGUUUUUCUCAUAGACUGUAUGUUUUUUGUUCGUUCCUCAAUCACCACUAGACGAAACUAGCCACUUGACGGAAGUUUAGACAGGAUGACUCGAGAUCUCAAAAUAAACUUUGUCCUGUCAUUUAUUACCUUUCUCUACACUUGUUCAUAUGUGUGCAACUGUCAGUCAGCCACUUUUCAAACAGGAAAUUCAACUUUCAAGAAAAACUUUGCAUCAAAAGCCUUGGACAAAGCAACAGAAGUGGCAGCCUAUACGGAUAUCGCCCAAAAAAUAAUACAUUUGGCUGUGUAUGGAGAUGCCAGGAAUCGCUCCUACAGUCGGCUGGCAAACUUUACUGACACAAUUGGGAAUCGUGUCAGUGGAUCCAAAAAUCUGGAGAUGGCCAUUAACUACAUGUAUAAAGCCAUGACUUUAGAUGGUCUGGAUGUCCAUUUGGAGCCAGUCAAAGUCCCUCAUUGGGUUAGAGGCAAAGAGAGUGCAGAAAUGAUCCAGCCCAGAUCCAAAAACCUGGCUAUACUUGGGCUUGGUAGCAGCAUAGGAACACCCCCUGAAGGUAUCCAAGCAGAAGUGUUAGUAGUUCAGUCUUUUCAAGAACUGCAGAGAAGAGAGAGUGAGGUCCCAGGCAAGAUUGUGGUCUUUAACCAGCCGUUUGUUAGUUAUGGGACGACCGUGCUUUAUCGGGGCUUGGGAGCCUCAGAAGCAGCCAAACUGGGGGCUGUGGCCACUCUUAUAAGAUCUAUCACUCCCUUUUCAAUUAACAGUCCACACACAGGUUGGCAGUACUACCAGGAGGAUGUAAAGAAAAUCCCGACUGCUUGCAUCACCGUAGAGGACGCUGAGCUGAUGUGGCGUAUGGCAAAGAGAGGUGAAAAAAUCAUUGUAAAACUCACAAUGGGAGCCACCACUCUGCCCGAUGCUGACUCCUUCAACACUGUGGCUGAAAUCAAAGGCUGGCAGCACCCUGAGCAGGUUGUGCUGUUAAGUGGUCACCUGGACAGUUGGGAUGUAGGACAGGGUGCAAUGGACGAUGGGGGCGGAGCAAUGAUUUCUUGGGAAGCCCUGUCUCUCAUCAAAGAUUUAGGUUUGCGUCCCAGGAGAACUAUGCGUGCUGUGUUGUGGACAGCCGAAGAACAGGGUGGCGUAGGAGCUCAGCAGUAUUUUAAUAUGCACAAGGUGAACCUGUCCAAUGUUGACUUGGUUAUGGAGUCCGAUCUUGGCACAUUCAAACCAGUGGGUCUUCAGUUUACUGGCAAUGAUGCAGCACAGAAGGUGAUGGCGGAAGUGGUCAAACUGUUGGCUCCCAUUAAUACGACUAAACUGGAGCCUCAUGGAGAAGGAACGGACAUUAAUCCAUGGAUGCAGGCAGGAAUACCAGGUGCCAGCCUUCAUGUAAUGGACAGUCGCUAUUUCUGGUUCCACCACAGUGAAGGAGACACCAUGACAGUCCAGGACCCUCAUGAGAUGGACCUAUGCUCAGCAUUAUGGGCCGUAGUGUCUUAUGUUGUUGCCGACCUGGAGGAAAUGCUGCCCCGAUAGUGCUGCAACUAAUAGCGCUUUUUAUUUUUUAAUAUAAUUUUUAUGCAUAAGAAUGGGUGAAAUACUAUGAAUAUAUUAUGCAUUUUAUUAAUUUCUUA